UUCAUUCUUAUGCCUAUUCCGUGAACCAAACGGAGGGUCAGUUAGUUCAAUCUGGUGUUGUUCUGCAUGUUUUCCCUCAGAUGAAUUUAACAAAUCAUGUUCAAGUCCAAGUGUGUAUGAUCCUGAGCCUGAAACACCAUCCAAUUCCUUUUGUGUGAUGUUCUCAAGUGUUCCAGUUCACAGGAUCACUAGAUUCACCUUACCAUCUAUCCUCAAAGACAUUGCUGCUAAUUUGGAUUUGAACAAUGGCAAAAAGCUUCAUGCUAGAAUCCUUGAAUUCGGUCUCCAGUUUGAUUGCCAUAUUGCAAGCUCUCUCAUCAAUCUGUAUGUUAAAUGUGGCUCUUUUGAUUGUGCUGGCAAGGUGUUUGAUCAAUUGCCUCAAAGAGAUGUUGCUGUGUGGAAUACCAUGCUUUCUGGUUUCUUUCAUCACUGCCGCUUGCAUGAUGGAUUGGCUUUGUUGUCUCGGAUGCAGUGGUUGGGUUUUAAGCCUGAUGCGUUCUCUCUUUGUAUUCUUCUUGGUGCUUGCAGUGGCUUAGUGUUGGAUCUACGGUGUAGCAAGGUGAUUCAUGCCUUCGUAUUCAGAAAUGCUUUUGAUGGUGAGCAAAUCCUUGAGACAGCUUUGAUUGAUGCAUACUCAAAGUUGGGUCUAGUUAAGGAAGCAUACAAAGUGUUUGAUCGUGCCAUGGAAAAGAAUGUGUUGCUGUGGAAUGCAAUGAUCAGGGGAUUUUGCUACAAUGGAUUGUCAGAGACAAGUUUGGAGUUGUUUGUGCUCAUGAUGAACAAAGGCUGUGUGAUGCAGGCUUCAACUUUUACUAGUGUUUUGUCGGCUUGUUCAGCUGGGAAGGUUGUGAGUUUUGGGCAAGGAGUUCAUUGUUGUGUGAUAAAAAAGGGCCAUGAAUUUGAUCCUUAUGUUGGUACGUCUCUUUUGACAAUGUAUGCGGAAUUUGGAUCAGUUUAUGAUGCUUGCAAGGUUUUUCAUGGUGUGAAAAGCAAUGAGACAGAGCUCUGGAAUUCGAUGAUCUCUGCGUACCUUCAGAAUUCCUGCAUUCAUGAGGCGUUGGAUGUCUAUAAACAGAUGAGAUUCUUAGGUGUGAGACUGGAUAGCAUCACAUUGUUGAAUUUACUUUCGGCUUGUGGAGUGUUUUGUCUGAAGGAUCUUGGCAAGACAAUUCACGGGGAGUUGGUUAAAAGGCCAGUGUUGACGAGCAUGAUUGUGCAGAGCUCUUUGAUGACAAUGUACCUGAAAAAUGGGGACAUCGAAGCUGCAGAUGCUUUAUUUAGUUCACAUGAGGAUCAUGAUAUCGUUGCUUGGGGCGCCAUGAUUUCAGGCUUUUGUCAAAACAAGAAAUUCGAUAAUGCUUUGAGUUUAUUUCAUCAAUUGAUGGCCAAGGGAUUGAAGCCGGAUUCAGCAGUUAUUGCAAGUGCACUCUCUGCUAGUUCUAGCUUAGGAUGUCUGCAACUCGGAUAUCAGUUUCAUGGACUCACCAUCAAGAACAGCACUGCUGCUGAUGUUUUUGUCGGAAGUGGUUUGAUAGACAUGUAUGCCAAAUUUGGCAUGCCAAAAUCAGCAGAAUGUGUACUCAGUGACAUGGCUUACAAGAAUUUGGUGGUUUAUAAUUCUAUGAUCUCAUGUUAUGGAAGGAAUGGCAUGGUUGAUGAUUCCAUCAAAGUUCUAGCCAAAAUAUCUCAGCUGGGAUUGACCCCGGACUCGAUCUCAAUAACUAGUUCUCUUGCUUCAGUUUCCUCUUUGGCAGCAUUGGCCAAAGGCAAGAUGAUUCAUGGAUAUCAAGUAAGAAAUCAAGUUCUAACUGAUGCUCUCGUCGAAAAUACACUUCUUGACAUGUAUAUGAAAUGUGGUUGUUUGAGAUACGCUCGAAGAGUCUUUGAUCGAAUGACAUUUAAAAAUUUAGCAGCUUGGAAUACAGUGAUUGCGGGGUAUGGAUCUCAUGGACAUUGUUUAGUAGCAUUCGAGUUGUUUGAAGAGAUGAAGAGGUACAAAGUAUCUCCCGACGACACUACUUUCCUCUCAUUAAUCUCAUCAUGCAGCCAUUCAGGGUUAGUCGAGCAAGGCAUGAAAAUUUUCGACGGUAUGCUCAGAGAUCACAGCAUUGUUCCUAGAAUGGAACACUAUGUGAACAUGGUCGAUCUGUUCAGCCGUGCUGGAUGGUUGUCUGAAGCCUACCAAUUCAUAAAUCAAAUGCCGAUUGAACCGAAUGAAAGUGUUUACUUAUGCUUGUUAAGUGCUUGCAGAAUUCAUCGUAAUAAAGUGAUCGGUCAAUUGGCAGCUGAUCAUCUAAUAAAACUACAGCCCGAAGAGAGUGGGAGUUAUACUCAGUUGUUGAAUUUCUUCAAUGAAAUGGGAUUGUUAGACAGAGCAGCCAAAUUAAGGAUGCAAUUGAAAGACAAAGGAACAAAGAAAAUUCCAGGUUGCAGUUGGAUUGAGAUCAACAACAAUGUUCAAGUGUUUUAUUCCGGUGAUUCAUCGUCUUCACUUGGAUUAAUUAUCCAUGAAACUCUUACAAAUCUCAGAAGAACAAUGAGAGAUUAUGAUGAUAAUGAUGAUGAUGAUGAUGAUAUUUUCAUUAGACUUUGAUGUUUAUUUCUGCAGAAUAAAAAUGCAGAUAAAUUAAUCAUUGGUU